AUGCAGGCUUUGCGACAGGAAAUUUUACCACCGAGCGGGGUAGAGUUUGCAGCAUGUCUGAAGUUGCUGCCGUCGACGCUGCCGGAUAGCAAGCUGCCUGGGUCUAGCACGAGCACCGGAAGAGCUCUCUUCAACGUCGUAGUUGCCCGGUCAAAUCACCUACGCAUCUUCGAAGUUCGAGAGGAACCGGCACCGAUCUCAUCGCAAAAGGAAGAUGAAAAAGAACGGAGGGCCAGUGUCAGGAAGGGGACGGAGGCGGUGGAAGGAGAGGUCGAGAUGGACGCAUCUGGGGAGGGAUUCGUGAACAUGGGCUCCAUCAAGACAACUGGUCAGCAUGGUGUUCCGGAACCACAGACUGUCACUCGCUUCUACCUCGUGCGCGAACACCGUCUGCAUGGAAUAGUCACGGGCAUUGAAGCUGUGCGAAUCGUUACGUCGACAGAAGACAAUCUCGACAGGCUGGUGGUCUCAUUCAAGGAUGCGAAGAUUGCCCUCCUGGAAUGGUCGGAAGCUGUUCACGACUUGAUCACUGUAUCCUUGCACACGUAUGAAAGGGCCCCGCAACUGUCCGCCAUAGAUGCGCCUCUCUUCCGUCCAGAACUUCGCGCGGACCCGCUGUCCCGAUGUGCUGCUCUACUUCUCCCCAAAGACUCCAUCGCCAUCCUGCCGUUCUACCAGUCUCAGGCAGAGCUCGACAUAAUGGAGCAGGAGCUGAGCCAAGCGAGGGAGGUUCCUUACUCUCCGAGCUUCAUACUUGAUCUGUCCGCAGAAGUCGACGAUCGCAUUCGCAAUGUGAUUGACUUUGUCUUCUUGCCGGGCUUCAACAACCCGACAGUCGCCCUUCUCUUCCAACAUACACAAACAUGGACUGGCCGUCUGCAAGAGUACAAGGACACCGUCGGAUUGCUCAUCUUCACCCUCGACCUCGUCACUCAUCAUUACCCUGUCAUCACCGUCGUCGCGUCGCUCCCCUACGAUUGCUUCGCCCUGACUGCGUGUUCGACAUCCCUUGGAGGUGUUGUUGUCCUCGCGGGCAAUAGCAUCCUUUACGUGGACCAGGCCUCCCGCCGCAUCAUUCUGCCCCUGAAUGGCUGGCCCGCGCGCACUUCAGAUAUGCCCAUGCCGUCGCUGACCCCAGACGAGCAGAAGCGGGAUCUGCAGAUCGAGGGCGCGCGCUUCACCUUCGUCGAUGAACGGACGCUCUACAUCUUUGGAAAAGACGGCACCGUGUAUCCCGUCGAGAUUGUGUUAGACGGCAAGACAGUGUCGCGCCUUUCGAUGGCGCCACCGGUGGCGCGCACGACAAUUCCGGCACUGGUCAAGCGAAUCGGAACUGACCACUUAUUCAUCGGUAGCAUCGUCGGGCCUAGCGUACUCCUGAAGACGGCACAUGUGGAGGAAGAGAUGGCAGAUGACGAUGAGGACAUGGCCCCUGCGCCCGCUACUGUUGUUGCACCUAUUGAUAGCAUGGACCUCGACGAGGACGAAGAGCUAUAUGGCACCUCUACCGCGGUCGAGCACCCUCAUGUCAACGGCAAUGCCGUGAACGGGGUGGCCGCUGCCACUAAGAAGCGGACAGUCGUCCACUUGUCGUUGUGCGACGCGAUACCAGCGUACGGCCCGAUUGCCGAUAUGACCUUUGCGCUCGCCAAGAAUGGGGACCGCUUCGUUCCUGAGUUGGUCGCAGCAACAGGGUACGGCGCCUUAGGUGGAUUUACGUUACUGCAGAGAGAUCUGCCGACGCGAACGAAGCGCAAGAUACAUGCGAUUGGCGGUGCGCGAGGGAUGUGGUCCCUCCCGGUGCGACAACCGGUUAAGGUCAACGGAUCGACGUUCGAGCGCCCUGCAAAUCCGUUCCAUACUGACAAAGACACGCUGAUCAUCAGUACGGACGCAACACCGUCACCGGGACUCUCGAGAAUUGCAUUGCGGAACAGUCAAGGCGAGAUACAGAUCACUACCCGAAUACCGGGCACAACCAUAGGUGCCGCAUCAUUCUUCCAUGGGACUGCUAUCCUCCAUGUCAUGUUCAACGUCGCGAAUGUGAUACGAGUGUUAGAACCUGAUGGCAGUGAGCGACAGGCUAUCAAGGAUACUGACGGCGACGUCCCUCGACCGCGGGUCAAGUUCUGCAGUAUAUGCGACCCAUUCAUCUUGAUCAUCCGCGAGGACGAUUCUAUAGGACUGUUCGUCGGUGAGAUCGAACGUGGCAAGAUUAGACGCAAGGACAUGUCCCCCAUGGGCGACAAGACAUCAAAGUAUCUUGCGGGCUGUUUCUUCACGGACGCGAGUGGGCUUUUCCAGACCUACCAGAGUGCGGAGGCUUCCGGGACCGAGGGUGUGACGUCCACCCUGCAGGCAGCCAUGGAUUCAGGCAAGAAAAGCCAAUGGCUGAUCCUAGUGAGGCCACAGGGCGUGGUGGAGAUUUGGACACUUCCUAAGCUCGUCCUGGCAUUUUCGACGACUGUGGCGGCCUCGCUUGAGCCUGUCCUGAGCGAUUCAAUGGAUCCUGUCGCACUCUCACUUCCGCAGGACCCCCCGAGGAAGCCGCAAGAGCUGGACAUUGAGCAAAUACUCAUUGCGCCUCUGGGCGAAUCGUCACCACGCCCGCACCUCAUGGUGUUCAUGCGGUCGGGGCUACUCGCAGUAUAUGGGGUGCUCCCGGUAUCGCCACCUGUCGAUCCUUUGCCAAACGAGCGGACGACUGCGCUGCUUGUCAAAUUCAUCAAGGUCGCCACACGCGCGUUCGACAUCCAAGUGCCUGAAGAGCAGGAGAAAACAGUGCUCGCGGAGGUCAAGAAAAUCUCCCGCCACCUCGUUCCUUUCAUGUCCUCGCCAACCCCCGGUCAGACAUUCUCUGGAGUCUUCUUCACCGGAGAUCGGCCAUGCUGGAUUCUUGCUACAGAUAAGGGUGGUGUGAAAGUGUUUUCCUCAGGGCAUUCUGUAGUCCAUGCGUUCACUGCGUCGUCCGUGUGGGAGUCGAAAGGCGACUUUCUGCUGUACUCAGAGGAGGGGCCGAGCUUGGUCGAGUGGAUACCCGACCUUCAGCUCGACUCGCACUUGCCUUCAAGAUCCGUACCCCGGUCAAGAGCAUAUACAAACGUGGUGUAUGACCCGAACACAUCCUUGAUCGUAGCCGCAUCAUCGCGUCAGUCGCGGUUCGCUUCGUAUGACGAUGACGGGAACAUUGUCUGGGAACCAGAUGCCCCGAAUGUGUCAUUCCCUUACUGCGAUUCCUCAACCCUUGAACUUCUCAUGCCUGAUUCCUGGAUCACCAUGGAUGGCUAUGAAUUCGCUCAGAAUGAAUUCGUGACUUGCCUCGACUGUGUGACAUUGGAGUCUGUGAGUACCGAAACCGGGACGAAGGACUUCAUUGCCGUAGGCACGACGAUAAACCGGGGCGAAGAUCUAGCUGUCAAGGGUGCUGUAUACAUAUUCGAAAUCGUCGAGGUCGUUCCGGACGUGAGCACGGGAUGGAAGCGCUGGCAUCAACUGAAGUUACGCUGUAGAGACGACGCCAAGGGUCCAGUUACGGCUCUCUGUGGUAUGGAUAACUAUCUCGUGUCAUCCAUGGGCCAGAAGAUCUUCGUGCGCGCAUUCGAUCUUGACGAGCGACUUGUGGGCGUCGCCUUCCUGGAUGUCGGCGUCUAUGUGACCUCCUUGCGCACUGUGAAGAAUCUGCUCUUGAUAGGAGAUGCUGUCAAAAGCAUCUGGUUUGUGGCUUUCCAGCAGGAAGACCCGUAUAAACUUGUCAUCCUUGGGAAGGACCCACAUCAUGUCUGUGUGACCAGCGCAGAUCUGUUCUUUGCCGAUAGCAGGGUAUCUCUGCUGGUCUGCGAUGAGGACGGCGUUAUAAGAUUGUACGAGUAUGACCCGCAAGAUCCCGAAUCGAGAGGCGGACAACACUUGUUGCGCCGUACGGAGUUUCACGGUCAGACGGAAUACCGUACUUCCGCGCUGAUUGCUCGCCGAAGAACGAAAGACACUGACAUCCCGCAAUCAAAAUUGAUAUGUGGUUCCACAGAUGGGUCGCUGUCAUCGUUCACAUAUGUGGACGAAAGCGCUUUCAAGCGGUUGCAUCUGCUGCAGGGGCAGCUUACCAGAAAUGUACAGCACGUGGCAGGGCUCAAUCCGAAGGCAUUCCGGUUAGUUAUCGUCCGCAAUGACUUUGUGUCCAAGCCGCUGUCGAAAGGUAUCCUGGACGGUAACCUUCUGUCAACGUUCGAGGACCUCUCGAUCUCGCGGCAACAUGAGAUGACUCGACAGAUUGGAACUGAGCGAGGGACAGUGCUCAAAGACUGGCUGUCUCUAAAUGGUACAUGGUGAACGCAAUCCUAUCCAUACGUAAUCUUGCGGUAUCUACGCUGUUUGUGGUUUUCGACCGAACUAUCACCUUCGGUAUAGCUGCUGUGACCUGAGGCCUGAGGUCUCACGUCGAAGGCACUCUGGACGGCACCCUCGAGCGAGGCUGCCUCCGGUUCCGCUAGCCCCGGCAACACGUUGCCAAGCCACUUCUCUUCACGCCUUCUUGAAUUGCUGCAACCGUUCUGAUGCCAUGCGUUCAUACCUCGCUUUCUUCAUGCUGACCUAGUGCUACACCCUAACACAAUUGGAGACGAGAUACAGAGCCUCCUCCCGACGCCACUCGGAUGCACCAGGCUACAGACGCUCUGAUCGUCGCAUACAGCUACGGCCACGCUUCGAAUUCUUCCGCUAUGACGAUUGUGAGUGACUGCAUCACUCCGAGAUCGGGUC